AUACAUCCUAAAAGAGGCCUGUUGUGCCCACAGAGAUGGAGGUCAUGUGGUGAGGAGAACAUUCUUAGCAGGAUUAGGGACAUGUUUAUUUACCAACGUGGAUGUGCUGGACUAAGUGGAAGGGAAAAGUAGCAUCUAAAGAGAGGUGGAAGGAAAUAAAUAGUGUUAAUGUUACAUUCUCAAGACUUGUGGAAGGGCUAGAAAGGUUUACUGUCCAAGCUGAUGUGGACAGAGAAAGACAAUGAACAACAGCCAGAAUGUUUUCUAAUUAAAGUCAGUAUGAACCAGUUAUAAAGCUUUGACGUAACAUGAACGCAACACAACUAUUAAUGCUUAUGGUAUCAUUUAUCAAUAAAUGGCUGCUGAUAAACAGUCUGCUUUAAUCUAAUAGAAUAGAGAUGCUCAAAUAGCUGAACAUGUCAGGGGAUAUAAAAUAUUUUGAUUAAAAAUAUACCCAAAAAAUUGUUUCCAAAGAGAGAGGAUUAUGUAAGAAAAUGACCGGUUAUACAACAUUCCAACUUGGCUUCUAGCUGUAGCUCCUGCUGAAUGCUUAACUCAGCAUUGAAUGUGAAGAAUCUACCAAUGUGAGGGAUGGUUACUAUCAUUGUUCUGCUUGUCCUGGCAUGAGAAGUAGUGGUCGGAGUAGUGGCAGGAAUGGUGUGUAAAUGUGAGUGCGGCCGGGGAAGCCACGCCUCCCGAUUCCGGUACUCAUCACAGCAAUAAUGAUCUGAAUAUAAUGCUGCCUGCUCACCCGCCCGUCGGCAUACCGUACUGUCACUCUUGUGGAGGAUAUAUGUAUUCUCUCGUGUCUUGACGCACACUGGCAGCCACUCACUGAUGGGACACGUAGUCUGCCUCAGCAACGCGCGCAUGCACGCACGCACACACCCACACACCCACACACAAACAGACACAGCGAGAAAGACAGCAUAAAAGGAGACCUGUUGUAGGAAAGAAGAAAUGGAAGAAUCGGAUAUUUCCUCUGUUUCUCCCUCGCUGCGACUGAGCGGUGGUGAUUGUGGAUGCUGAACAAAUGCGACCACGCUGACAACCGAUACACACAUUCAUCACUCCACAGCAGCCACGGAUUGUUGGAUUAGUCGUCUGUGGGAGUCGCGGAUAGAACCAACAUGGGGAACCAAGCAGGGAGACCGGAGGAAACCGAGACAGGUUUUCAAGCAACUAAGAAGUCUGGCAUCCCGACCCCUAGAGAAGUUCCUUCAUCCAUGACAAGGGACCGCAUCUCCUUGAGGGACCAGUUAAAGACCUCCACCUCUAAGAGGAUUGUUUCUAGUGCUAGCACUUCUAGCCUCUCUACCUUGGCAAAACAAACACGUAGUUCAACAAAGUGGCGUGGAGAUGCAGAGGGCCAGGAAAAGGGCCUCCUGGAAUGUCAGGUUAAAGAAUUGUUUGCUGAAGCUAAGGCUAAAGACUUGAUGAUUAGCAAUCUUCGCACUGAGUUGCAACGCUGCCAAGGUAAAGCCUCGACUUCCCCAUCAUCAUCACCUGUCUCUAAGUCACCUCAAGAUCUGUCUACAGAACAUAAUGAAAAUGUUGCAGAGGCUCUUGUACUAGUUGGGGAGCUGAGAGAAAAGAAUGCAAAGUUUCAAAAAGAGCUGGCAAACCUGAGGGAGGAAAACCAAGUUCUCAAGAGAAGGCUUAUGAGUUUUGAGAGCUCACUACCGCCAAGCAGUCCUUCUAAACCUCAGAAAAAUGGCCUGCCUUCAGAGUGCAAUUCUUUUUGUCCACAAUUAGAUCACCUCUCUUCCCCCAGCUUUAAACCUUCUGUCUCUUCUACGUCUUUUAAAGACUCUCCUUCACCUGACUCGUCAGGGUUUGAGAAAAUUCCACGUUUAGAACCCCUCAGCAGCAGUGUCAGCGAUGAUGCCACUGCAGGUAGGCAGGAUGUGUCAGUGCAAAGUCUAACAGAACAGAUUCACAAGAUGGAGGAAAAUCACCAUAGCACUGCUGAGGAGCUGCAAGCCACUCUGCACGAGCUCACUGACCAGCAGCAAGUGGUGCAAGAGCUGACUGCAGAAAAUGAACGUCUUGUUAACGAAAAGCUCCUCCUGCAAACCUCACUUCAGCAGCAAAGGGAACGCUUAGAGCUGCUGGCCAAAAAGAACGAGGCACUCGCAAACCGAUUUCAGGAGCAGGCCCUGGCUCAGUCCUUGAGAGAGGAUAAGUUCAACAGCGAAGGUCCUCGACUUGUCGAACUGGAGCAAAGGUAUGCUGAACUGGUUGAGAGCUCCCGCUUCGAAAGAGAGAAGCUGGUGAACAUUCAGCAGCAGCUAACUAGCGGCCUACGCGCUCUUGAGAAGGAACACCAGGAGGCCCAGGGCCAGGUGCAUUGCUUCAGAGAAGAGAUGGACAGGGUGCACACUCAACUGAACAGGGAGUUAGAAGCCAAAGGUCACGCCGCAGAGUCUGCAGAAGAGCACAAGGCUACAGCAGAUUGUCUCAGACUGGAAAACAUUAGGCUGAAGGCACAGCUGGACAUAGAAAGGCAAAAGAUAGGUCAAAACCUAAUGGUGGGUGACCUGAAGGUCAUGCAGAGUACCAGUGAUUGUACGGAGCUGCAGGACCUGCUGAAGAUAGCCCAUGGGGAGAGAGACCAACUGAAGCAGCAAGUGAGAGAGCUGAGGCAGGACCUGUUGCAAGCCCAAGCUGAGACUGAGCAUGCACAAGCUACCAUGUCCAAGAUGGAGGCUAAAGGCCAGCAGAUCCUGGAGAGAGCAGAGAUAAAGGAGCAGGAGAUGAGCAGUCGAGUGAGUGCUUUGGAGGAGGCGGGGAUCCAGGCUGAAAAACAAGUGAAGGAGAUGAAAGAAACCAUCUUCGAACUGGAGGACCAGGUCGAGCAGCAGCGGGCUGUCAACCUUCACACUAAUCAAACUGUGCUAGACUUGGAAAAUCUUGUUAAAAAGUUGGAGGUGCAGAAAGCUGAUGUAGAACGAAAACUGAAAGUUUUCAGUAAACAAAUGGAGGAGGAAAAGGAUGAGUGGCGUCGGUUCCAGGCUGAUCUCCAGACGGCAGUGGUAGUUGCCAAUGACAUCAAGGUGGAGGCUCAACAGGAGCUGCGUACAGUCCGAAGGAAGCUGCAGGAGGAGCAGGCUCGCAGUGCAAAGCUUUCUGCUAACAUGGAGGUGCUACAAGGUGUCAGGUCUCAAGGUGAUGAUUUAAAAGCGGUGGAAUUUGAGGGCAGCCGUCCGUGGUGUAGCAUGAUCCCGAGCCCACCUGUAGAUACCAAUGGUGAUGCUGACACGGAACCUGGAGCUACUGUCAAGUCCCUCAUUCAGUCCUUUGAUACGGUUGAACACAGUGGACCUGCAGUCCACACAUUUCAAAUCCAAAGCUCACCUCGAAGUCCGCUGAGUGGAAUACCUUUGCGCACAGCACCUGCUGCUGCAGUGUCGCCUAUCCAGAGGCAGUCUCACAUAAAGCCCCUGUCAAAGUUGUUGGAAAAACGCAUCACUCACGGAAACUUUGUUCAUCCUCUCAAUAUUUUAUCCGGCAGCGGGGAAGACAUGAAAUCUAACAUCCUUAUGAGGAAGAGUCCAUCGCUGGAGUCCAUAUUUAAAAGUCCUGCUUCUCUAAGAAACCGCACGGCAUCUUUUAACUGCAACCAGGUCAACAGCAAAUUCAGUGUGGAAAGACAAGACCCCCUGGCUUCACUUGCGCAGGAGUAUGGGGGAUCUAAGAGGAACGCGCUACUGAAGUGGUGCCAGAAGAAAACACAAGACUAUCCGAAUAUUGACUUGACCAACUUCAGCAGCAGUUGGAGUGAUGGCUUGGCUUUUUGCGCCCUCCUGCACACUUAUUUGCCCGCCCACAUCCCUUACCAGGAACUCAUCACUCAAGAUAAGAUUCGGAAUCUGACUCUGGCUUUUCAGGCUGCUGAGAGCGUUGGCAUCAAAACCUCCUUGCAGAACGUUGAGGAGCUGAUGAAGACCGACAGGCCCGACUGGCAGAGUGUCAUGCAGUAUGUCUCACAGAUCUACACCUACUUUGAGACCUGACUCCUGUUUGGUGGUGGUGGGUCGAAGACUUUGACACGUCUGCACUACAUUCAAAGAAUCCACCUGCUGGGUGCUGGCACUUAACUCACUGGGAUGUUGUUGAGCAGCUAAUUUCUAAUCAAAUGGUCUACACGCACACACACACUCACAAUGGUGGGACAUCUAUUUUUACAGACCUUAUCCAAAAAACUGCCACACUAUCUGGGACUUUUUUGGUUUUAUCCACAAUUUCUUCAUUUUCACUUUCUCUUCUCACUCCAUGCAAACUUGUUUGUGCAGUUUGUUGUCACUCUGCCAAAACCCGGCCUUUGCUAUUUGAUCGAUACCUGAUCAAUACAUAAUCAAUACAUGAUCAACACUCUUCAAUGAUGGAAGUGGCUUUAAGUGCGUACUUGCACUCGGCCAUUCGUGCUCCUCUUGUUCCUCUCUCUUUCACUUUUAUUGCAAUUUCUCUGACUGUAGAUCAUUCCCAGUCAGAUUUGUAGACAUACUGUUUAUUUAUAUUGCUAUUAAUUACUUGCAAGAGGAGCAAUCCCAUUCAUUGAAUUAGACAUCGGAAUUAUGCACAUGGGUGAGCAAGUGUGCCUUUUGGAUUAUCAUUAGUCUUUUUAUUUCUUAAAUUAAAUGUGUAAAUUAUCAUUAAAACCUUACGUGAAACGAUCUUGUCAGUCCUUUUAUGUAAGUGGAACCGUGCCCCAGACCACCUUUUCCAAUCGUGGUCCAACGAUUGGCCAGGUGUGAAUACGCCCUUAAAGUAAUGUAAACAAAACAAAAUGCAGGGACUUCUGUUGUUCAUGUGCUGCCAUGGGGGACUUGAAGCGGAUUUAAUACUGAAACAAUUGCUGAAAAGUUUGUGAAAUAUUUGUUUUAUUAGAAGACCUUGCACUCUGCAUUGUUGUAAUACUGGACUACACAUUCAUCAUAUCACUCCUGUGAAGUUAAUUUUUUUUUGCAUCAAGACCGGGCAGCAGUAGUACUGCAGCUGCUUUAUAGUACUGUGCAUUCGGAAAGUAUUCACAGCGCUUCACUUUUUCCACAUUUUGUUAUGUUACAGCCUUAUUCCAAAGAAGAAUACAUUCAUUUUUGGCCUCAAAAUUAUACAGACAAUAAAUACCCUAUAAUGACAAUGUGAAAAGUUUUUUUUUUUUUUUUUUGCAAAUGUAUUAAGAUAAAAUAAAAUACUCACAUUGGAGCGUUGGGUUUUAUCCAGGAUGUCUCUGUACAUUGCUGCAUUCAUCCUUCCCUCUAUCCUGACUAGUUUCCCAGUUUCUGCCACUGAAAAACAUCCCCACAGCAUGAUGCUGCCACCACCAUGCUUCAUUUUAGGGAUGGUAUUGGCCUGGUAAUGAGCAGUGCCUGGUUUCCUCCAAACAUGACACCUGGCAUUCACGCCAAAGAGUUCAAUCUUUGUCUCAUCAGACCAGAGCGUAUCUUGUUUCUCAUGGUCUGAGAGUCUUUCAGGUGCAAUUUGGGAAACUUUUUGCUAAGAAAUGGCUUCCGUCUGUCCACUCUAUAAUACAGGCCUGAUUGGUGAAUUGCUGCAGAGAUGGCUGUCCUUCUGGAAGGUUCUCCUCUCUCCACAGAUGAAUGCUGUAGCUCUGACAGAGUGACCCUCAGGUUCUUGGUCACCUCCCUGACUAAACUAAGAUGAAUGCAGCAAUGCACAGAGACAUCCUGGAUAAAACCCAACGCUUCCCAUCCAACCUGAUGGAGCUUGAGAGGUGCUGCAAAUAGGAAUGGGCCAAACUUCCCAAAGAUAGGUGUGCCAAGAUUGUGGCAUUGUAAUCAAAAAGACUUGAGGCUGUAAUUGCUGCCAAAGGUGCAUCAACAAAGGAUGUGAUUUUUUAGUUUAAAUACAUUUGCAAAGUUUAAAAAAAACAAAAACGUUUUCACAUAGUCGAUAUGGGGUAUUGUGAGUAGAAUUUUGAGGACAAAAUUGAUUAUUCCGUUUUGGAAUAAGGCUGUAACAUAACAAAAUGUGGAAAAAGAAAGCGCCAUCAAUACUUUUCGGAUACACUGUAUAUCUGCAGUACAGAAAGUGAAGUACUUAAAUACAGCUGCUCUUCUCUUUGCAGCUUCCACUCUUUUUGGGUAGUUUGAAAAAAGUAUUUGAAGGGCUUGAGGUUGGCUGCAAAUUAUUUUGCACCAAACUUAUGUAAACGUGCCUUAUUGAACCUUGCUUUAGUCACAUGGGGCUGCCCUCAAACUCUUCCUACAAAGUUGUAAUCAUACAGUUCUUCAAAAGGUAAAUAAAUACAAUUGAGGCUAAAUAUUUAUAGAUAUAUCUGUGUAGUGUAGAUUAAACUGAAGAAAUGCCGUGCAUACUUUUUUUUUUUUUUUAAAGGAAACAAAGCUAUUUAUUUAUUUACACUUCCUAAGGGGUUUGAUUGUAAACAUUUGUGCAUUUUGUUAUUUAAUGAUGUCAAAUUUGAGCUGUUGGAUUA